AUGGGCCUCGUGGGCGGCGUCCUCGGCUUCUGCCUCGGCCUCCCCAUCGGCCUCGCCGCCGCGUACUUCGUCUACCUCCGCUACUUCGCCGCCGCUCGCCGCCUCCAGGAUCCUGUCAUUAAACCUCUACGAGAUUUAGAUUCUGAAACUCUGCAGGCAACAAUACCAGAUAUUCCAUUAUGGGUGAAGAGCCCAGACUAUGAGCGGAUUGACUGGAUGAACAAGUUUAUUUUUGACAUGUGGCCUUUUCUGGAUAAGGCAAUAUGCAACAAUAUAAAACGUGCAACGAGGCCAAUGUUUGAUCAAUAUGUUGGACAAUAUGGUAUAGAAUCAAUUGAAUUUGGACAGUUGACACUUGGGACUCUUCCACCUACAUUUCAAGGAAUUAAAGUUUACGAAAUGCUAGAAAAAGAGUUGGUAAUUGAGCCUGUGAUUCGGUGGGCUAGCACAUCAAAUGUAACAGUGAACGCAAAGGUGCAUUCUUUCAAAGUGACUGUUCAGCUUGAAGAUUUGCAUAUAAUGCUAACACCACGUGUGACCCUGAAGUCACUUGUGCCAAGCUUUCCCUGUUUUGCUAACUUGUGUGUUUCACUAAUGGAAAAGCCUCGUAUAGAUUUUGGAUUCAAAUUGUUGGGGGGAGAUGUCAUGGCCAUACCAGUCUUGUAUCAAUAUGUUCAGGAUCAAAUAUCAAAGCAAAUCUCAAUUUUGUAUCACUGGCCUAAGGUUAUACAGAUUCCUAUCUUAGAUGGAGCAAGUGGUGCUACAAAGAAACCAAUUGGAAUCUUGCAUGUAAAGGUAAUCAGAGCCCUGAAUCUUCUCAAGAUGGAUUUUCUUGGCAAAUCUGAUCCCUAUGUCAAGAUGCGCCUGAGUGGUGAAAGACUGCCCUGGAAGAAAACAUCUGUUAAGAUGAGCAACCUGAAUCCUGAAUGGAAUGAACACUUCAGGUUCAUAGUCAAGGAUCCUGACACUCAAGUCCUUGAGCUUCACAUGUUUGAUUGGGAAAAGGUUAAGAUGCAUGAUAAAUUGGGCAUGCAAGUAAUUCCCCUCCGCUUGCUUACACCUUACGAGAGCAAGUUAUUCACACUCGACCUUGUUCGAAGCAUGAACCCAAAUGAUCCGCAGAACAAGAAGAAUAGAGGAAAGCUCAUUGUUGAGUUGACAUUUGAUCCCUUCAGAGAAGACAAUAUGGCUUCAGAUGGUGAAGGUAAUGCUAGUAUAAGAAGGGAAGCAGACGGUGAAUCCAGUGGUGGGGUGCUGUUGGUUUCAGUAGAAAAUGCAGAAGAUGUCGAAGGGAAGCGGCAUACUAAUCCAUAUGCUGAGGUACUUUUCAGGGGAGAACGGAAGAAAACAAAGGUCAUAAGGAAAACAAGAGAUCCAAGAUGGAGCGAGGAGUUCCAGUUUAUGGUAGACGAGCCUCCGGUGGAAGAUAAGAUCCACAUCGAAGUUAAAAGCAAACGCCGCGGAUUUCCCUUCCGCAACAAGGAAUCGCUGGGGCAUGUGAAUAUAAACCUGGUGGAUGUGGUGAACAACGGCCGGAUUAACAAGAAGUACCACCUCAUCAACUCGAGGAACGGGAUGAUACACGUGGAGAUCAAAUGGAGCACGGUGUGA